AACGCGCCGCAGCUGAUCAUGUAAACAAACCACGAAAUGGCGGAAACGCGUGAAUGUGUGCAAUAGUGAGGAAACAAGCCCCCAAAACACCCCGGAAGAAGGCAGUGAGGCAAGAUAAUUAGUGUAACGCCAUUGUGUGUGAAUAAGGAGAAGAAAGGAUCAAGAGGAGGAGGACAUACGAAGCAAUACAGAGCGAUACAGGUACUGACGGCCACAGAACUUGCCAGCCAGCACUCGGCACCCAGCACCCAACAUGUCACUGACAACGGACCGCUCUCAACUUGCUUUUGCCUGUAAGUCGGCAGAAGACUUCACCAAACUCUUCUAUGAAUAUGUUGAUAAGAUGCGGCACAAACUCUCCAAGCUGUACCUGGAGAGCGGACGGCUGGUGUGGAACGGCAACGCGGUGGAGGGCAACAGCCUCAUCCAGAAGUUCUACGAGGACCUGCCCACCAGCAUGCACAGCGUAACCUGCCUUGACGCCCAGCCUGUCCGCUCCGAGGCCGUGGGUCAGCAGUGCACCAUCCAGGUCAGCACCGCCGGCUUCGUGACCUUGAAGGACCGCAAGUACCCCUUCCACCAGUCCUUCCUCGUCACGGUCAAGGACGACAAGUGGAAGGUGGUCACUGAUGUCUUCCGCUUCCAGACCGCUCCACCGUGAUGAGUGUGGAGUAAGGGUUCCGUCUUCGUCCGUCCUUACUUGGUUUUCUUCGUUUAAGUUCUAUUCCCUUGUCUUCCUUCAUCUAGUUCUGUUCCCUCUUCCUUGUCUUCCUUCCUUCCUUUGUCUGGUUCUAUUCUCUCUUCUCUUAUUUUUCUUCCUUUUUUUUGUCUACUUCUGUUCCCUCUUCCCUUGUCUUCCUUCCUUCCUUCCCUUCCUUUGUCUAGUUCUGUUCCCUCUUCCCUUGUCUUCCUUCCUUCCUUCCCUUCCUUUGUCUAGUUCUGUUCCCUCUUCCCUUGUCUUCCUUCCUUCCUUCCCUUCCUUUGUCUAGUUCUGUUCCCUCUUCCCUUUUCUUCCUUCCUAUCUUCCCUUUCUUUGUUUAGUUCUGUUAUUUCCUCCUCCUUUCAUUCUUCUCACUGCUUCAAAUGUGUCCCUCUCCUGCUAUCCUGUUGAUGCAUAUCCACACCCAGGUUCCUGUUAUUUCCUCUUCCUUUGUUAUGUUUCCUUCACUCCAUUCUUCCCACCCUGUCCACCCAGCAGUGAAUGGGUGCCAGGUAUUAAUUGGGGGUUGUGUCCUGUCUCCUGGGUUCUGUUCUCUUCUCCUAUAAUUCCUUCCCCUUCUGUCUCUCGUCGGCAUAUGACCACAGAUGUUGCGCCGACUAAAUGAAAUCUUCCAACUUUUCUGUUCUUCCCAUUGUCUCAAGAAUCCUAGUUUCAUACAUGUAAGAAGUAGCUUUUGUAUGGUGACCACUACACAUGUUUGUACAGUUGUAAUAAGUAAAAAAGAAAAGUGUA